CUCCCGCUUCAGCCUCGGCAGUGGCAUCGGCGACGGCGGAGUCGAGGCAGCCGCGAGCGCUCGGCCGAGUGGCGGCGGGCGGCGACGGCGCAGGAGCCGGGGGUUGAGGACACGCGCGCUGGCCCUUCCGCGCCGCGGCCGCCGCCGCCGCCGCCACCCAGAGCCUGAGGCGCCGGGGCGCGGGCGAGCGGGUGGGCCGGGGCAAGGCGGGCAUGGCGCGGACCCCGGGCCCGGCCCCGUUGUGUCCUGGAGGCGGCAAAGCACAACUUUCCUCGGCGUUUCCUCCCGCGGUCGGACUGCUGCUGCCGGCCCCGACGCCGCCGCCGCUGCUGCUGCUGCUUAUUCCCCUGCUUCUCUUCUCCCGGCUCUGUGGUGCCUUAGCUGGAUCAAUUAUUGUGGAGCCACAUGUCACAGCAGUGUGGGGAAAGAAUGUUUCAUUAAAGUGUUUAAUUGAAGUGAAUGAAACUAUAACCCAGAUCUCAUGGGAGAAGAUACAUGGCAAAAGUACACAGACUGUUGCAGUUCAUCAUCCUCAGUAUGGAUUCUCUGUUCAAGGAGAUUAUCAGGGAAGAGUCUUGUUUAAAAACUAUUCACUUAAUGAUGCAACAAUUACUCUGCAUAACAUAGGCUUCUCAGAUUCUGGAAAAUAUAUAUGCAAAGCCGUUACAUUCCCACUUGGAAAUGCUCAGUCCUCUACAACUGUGACUGUGUUAGUUGAACCCACGGUGAGCCUGAUAAAAGGGCCGGAUUCUUUAAUUGAUGGAGGGAAUGAGACAGUAGCAGCCAUUUGUGUAGCAGCCACUGGAAAGCCAGUCGCACAGAUUGACUGGGAAGGUGAUCUUGGUGAAAUGGAAUCUACUAUAACUUCUUUUCCUAAUGAAACAGCAACAAUUGUCAGCCAAUACAAGCUGUUUCCCACAAGAUUUGCUCGAGGAAGGCGAAUUACUUGUGUUGUAAAACAUCCAGCUUUAGAAAAGGACAUUCGAUACUCUUUCAUACUAGACAUACAGUAUGCUCCUGAAGUUUCAGUAACAGGAUAUGAUGGAAAUUGGUUCGUGGGAAGAAAAGGUGUCAACCUCAAGUGUAAUGCUGAUGCAAAUCCUCCGCCCUUCAAGUCCGUGUGGAGCAGGUUGGAUGGACAAUGGCCCGAUGGUUUAUUGGCGUCAGAUAAUACUCUUCAUUUUGUCCAUCCAUUGACGGUCAAUUAUUCUGGCGUUUAUGUCUGUAAAGUAUCAAAUUCCCUUGGUCAAAGAAGUGAUCAAAAGGUUAUCUACAUUUCAGACAUCCCGCUUACGCAGACCUCAUCCAUAGCAGUGGCUGGAGCCGUGAUUGGAGCUGUCCUGGCCCUCUUCAUCAUCACCGUCUUUGUGACUGUGUUGCUGACACCACGGAAAAAGAGACCAUCAUCCUAUCUUGACAAAGUAAUCGACCUUCCACCUACACAUAAGCCACCCCCUGUAUAUGAAGAACAAAUUCCUUCUCUCCCUCAGAAAGACCUUCUUUGCCAGACUGAACACUUGCCUUUGCAGACUCAGUUCAAAGAGAAAGGAGCUUGUGGUCUUCAGCCCUCUAAUGGACCAAUUAGCAGGAGAUUUGACUAUGAGGAUGAGAGCGCAAUGCAAGAAGAUGGAACUCAACGCAUGUGCCCCCUUUAUAGCCAGAUGUGCCACCAAGACCGAAGCCCUCACCAACAUCACCCACGCAACCCCGAGAGGCUCUACAUCAACCCACGAGAACAUUAUGUGUGAUUUUCCUUGUCAUGAAGGGUGUUGUAACAAAUGUUUAUUCUUAGACCUGAGAGAAACUGAGGCAUCUAAAUGAUUUCAGUCUUAAAGUGUGUUGGCACGAUCGAAGAACGAAUCAGAGCUAAGAGUAGAUUGCUUAACUUCAUUAAGGGUUCCUUACCCACCAGUUGUGUGUGUGAGCUCACCUGUAGCUUCACUUCACUGUAACUCUGAAGUUUAGCUACUAACACUUGGCCUCCAAUGGUGUGUUCAUUUGAAGAGGAAGGCCCCAGAUGCUGGCUACAGCUUUGCUUGGGUCUCAGACACUGCUUGUCUGUCAUUUAAACAGGUGGGAAAACGAGCCCCACAUCCAGUUCACUGAUUAUUAAGCUGGGAUUUAGAUUUCCCUAGCCUCCCAGUCCAAUAACAAUACCUGCGUACAGAGGCCAGAGGAGAGGAGCAGACUGCUGUAUCCAAUGGUGACAAAGGCAAGGGGAAGCGGCAAGCCUCUGUGUGCUUGUGAACCCGUGUUAGUGCCCCGUGUCCUUCCUGGCCAGUAGGCUCCAAGGGCUCCAUGGGGAUGUCUGCCCUCUGUCCCCUUGGGACCAGCUGUGUCUACUUUGUCCCUGUUGCUGCAGUCUUGUGUUCCACUGGCCCAAUUAGCUCGUUUCCACCUCUUCAGUCCUUAAAAAUCCCUGCUGAAAUGGGAUGCGGACCUUUUAGCCAGCUUUCCAUUCGCUCACACAAGACAAGCUCAGUGCUCACCUCUUAAAGCUUUCAAGGCCAGCUCACCACACAGGCUUUAGCUAGCUACUCUUCUUCAUUCUUUAUUCUUCUUCCAUGUCUUAUCUACCUCAAA